AUUCAUUUCCCAACUCACAUUCACAUCUUCUCCAAACACAAAAAAAGGAAAAAAAAAAGAAAAACAAUCAAUAUCUCAAAAGAGCCUUCCAACUCAAACACCCCCAAACUUCUCCCCUUCUACUGGAAGGCUCUUUCUUUCAAUCUCCAAAAACAUAUAACAAAAUAAAUAUAUAUAAAAAAAAGAAUAAUUCAAAUCGACAAGAUCUGUUGUCAUACUCAUAAAGAUCUUGCUCGAAUCUAUUCAAUUGGUUCAAUAAAGCACUAAAGAUAUGGGUGAAAUAAUGGAUAAUAAUAUGUCUGAUGUGAUGCCCAAUAGUGAUUCAAUUGAAAUAAGAGAGGUAUGGAAUGCUAAUCUAGAAGAAGAGUUUGAUUUGAUUCGAGAAAUCGUUGAUGAUUACCCAUAUAUUGCUAUGGAUACCGAGUUCCCUGGGGUUGUGUUAAGGCCUUUAGCACAGUUUAAGAAUAUUAAUGAUUAUAAUUAUCAUACUUUGAAGGAUAAUGUCGAUAUGUUGAAGUUAAUACAAUUAGGUUUGACGUUCUCUGACGAGAAUGGGAAUCUUCCUACGUGUGGGAGUGAAAAGCAUUGCAUUUGGCAGUUUAAUUUUAGGGAGUUCAAUGUGAAUGAAGAUAUCUUUGCUAAUGAUUCAAUAGAGAUGUUGAGACAAUGUGGGAUUGAUUUUGAAAAGAAUACGCAAAUGGGUAUUGAUGCGUGUCGAUUUGGGGAGCUUUUGAUGUCAUCCGGUAUUGUAUUGAAUCCAAAUAUUUGUUGGGUGACUUUUCAUAGUGGGUAUGAUUUUGGGUACUUGCUUAAGUUAUUGACUCGAAAAGAACUGCCCAAGACUCAAGAGGGGUUCUUUAAUUUGAUCAACGUUUACUUUCCGAUGGUUUAUGAUAUUAAACACUUGAUGAGAUUUUGCAAUCAUCUUCAUGGGGGUUUGAAUAAACUUGCGGAGAUCUUGGAAGUUAAAAGGAUUGGUGUUUGUCAUCAAGCUGGGUCUGAUAGUUUGCUUACGUCUCAUGCUUUUAAGAAACUCAAAGAAAGUUAUUUUGAUGGAGCUACAGAGAAGUAUGCAGGUGUUUUAUACGGAUUAGGAGUGGAAUCGGAAGUGCAAAAUAAGUAGGGAAAGAAAUACAUGAAGUUAAGUUUGCUUUCGUCUAUAAGUGUUGUUGCCGCUUUACUACUUGUGUUUGAUAAUGUUUUUCUUGAUCCUUAAAUUAUCAUGAACCCAUAAUAUAGGGUCUUGUAGUUGGAGUUAUGUAAAUUAGAGUUGAAUAACAAGUUAUGGCAUUUCAAUAUAUCUUGUGCCUUUAUGUU